UGACAGUGUGACUGGUCUCCCGGCAGGUGCUGCUGCGGGUGGUACCGGUCUCCCCGCGACCCGCCGCUCAGUGUGUCCCAGUCGCGGGUGGUACUGGUCUCCCCCGGACCCGCCGUUCAGUGACUCUCAGUCGGUCGGUCCGCUCAGCCAUGCUGACCUCUCUACUGGCGACCGGUGGCUCCGUGCGCCACCUAACCAGUGCCGCGCGCGCCGCGCCCUGCCUGGUGCGCCACCUGAGCUCCGGCUCCGGGCCCGGAGGUCCGGAGCCGGAGGACGGCCGCGGCCGGCGCGCCGCCCGGCUGGCCGCGCUGGCCGCCGGCGCCGCGCUGGCCGGCUCGGCGCUGUGGCUGGCGCAACAGCGGCGCGGCCGUCUGACGGCAGCUUCCAGCGCCGCCAGCAGCGGCCAGUACGGCCAGCGGCGCGCCGACCUGCCCACCUUCUCGAUGGAGGAGGUGUCGCGGCACGCCGACGUCAAGGAGCGCGUCUGGAUGACCUACCACGAGGGCGUGUAUGACGUCACCGACUUUGUGCGCCAGCACCCCGGCGGCGCGGCGAUCAUGAUGGGCGCCGGCGGCUCUGCCGACCCGUUCUGGGACCUCUACGCCGUCCACAAGGAGGAGCAUGUGCUCAAACUGCUCGAGCGCUACCGAAUCGGUAACGUUCGUGAGGACGAGGUGGGCAGCCACCGGGAUGGCACCGACGACCCGUGGGCGGCCGAGCCGCGCCGCCACCCGGCGCUCAAGCCCAGCUCCAAGACGCCGUUCAACGCCGAGCCGCCGCCAGCGCUGCUCGCCGACAACUUCCUCACGCCCAAUGACCUGUUUUACGUGCGUAACCACCUGCCGGUGCCGGUGGUUGACCCGUCCGAGUACGAGUUGGAGGUGGACGGCGUGGGGGUGGACGGCCUCACGCUGAGCCUGGAGCAGCUGAAGAACGACUUUCCGGCCGUCACCGUCACCGCCACCGUCAUGUGCGCAGGUAACCGCCGCAGCGAGAUGACCCAGGUGAAGCCGGUGCGGGGUCUGUUCUGGGGCGCCGCCGCCGUCGGUAACGCCACUUGGACUGGCGCCCGGCUGACCGACGUGCUGAAGGCAGCCGGCUACGACGUCAACAGCGGGCCCGGAAAACACGUCUGUUUUGAGGGCCUGGAUACGGACCCGUCCAGCACGCCGUACGGCGCCUCGAUCCCGCUGGAGACGGCCGUCGACCCGCGCCGCGACGUCAUCCUGGCGUACGAGAUGAACGGCCAGCCCCUGAGCCGGGACCACGGCGCGCCCGUCAGGGUCAUCGUGCCGGGCGUGGUCGGCGCCAGGAACGUCAAAUGGCUCGGUCGGAUCACGGUCUCGGACACCGAGUCCGACUCGCACUGGCAGCACAGCGACUACAAGGGCUUCAACCCGUCCGUCGAUUGGGACACGGUCGAUUUCAGCAAGUCGCCCGCCAUCCAGGAGCUGCCCGUCAACUCGGCCAUCUGCUGGCCCGCGCCCGGACACGCCGUCAAGGUUAAGGACGGACACGUGCACGUCAAGGGCUACGCGUGGAGCGGCGGCGGCCAGCGGAUCGUGCGCGUCGACGUGACGGCCGACGGCGGCGCCACGUGGCACGACAUGGCGCUGACGGUGGAGGAGGCGGCGCCGGCCGGACGCUGCUGGUCCUGGUGUCUGUGGCAGGGCCGGGUGCCCGUGCCGGCCGGCGCCACAUCAGCCCAGCUCUGGGUGAAAGCCACCGACGCCAGCUACAACACCCAGCCGGAGACGUUCAAAAACAUCUGGAACCUGCGCGGCGUGCUCAGCAACGCCUACCACCGGGUCGACGUCAACCUGAAGAGGGUGUAGGACGCCCAACGCCUACCACCGGGUCGACUUCCACCUGAAGAGGGUGUAGGCCGCGCCGGGGCCGGAACGCGAUGGAGAGAGCGCGGGAGACGCACAGGAGAGAGCACAGGAGCAGCGCGACGGAAAGAGGCCGCGGGUGAAGUAAAGGAGUGGCUUCGUCGGGACAGAUCAGAGGACAGAUCGCUGCAGCCGAUGGUCAGUGUAUAGGCCCGCGUGCAGUAACAGCUAAGGAGUAAGGGCUUAUGUCGUCCGGGAUAGUUGAUACGAUAUCGGUUUCAACCAUGACUUGAGUUUAAUAGUUCUGUUCACAAGCCAUGAAAUUAGCUGAUUGCGUGUAAGGUGAUACAUGCAGAAAGGAAUCACUGAGUCCACACGGCUGGCUUAACAAGUAAGGUUUUCUCAUGGUGUUAAAAAGGCUCUCCCACACUAGUCUCGAUAUAGACGGACCUCAAAGUUAGCGUCUUUAGUUGUUAAGGACGACCACUUGCCAUUAUUGUUCAUGUAGAGUAUCGCUCUAGAAUGUGGCACUGCCAGAACCCACUUGGGCGGUGAUUUAAUGAUUAAGGUAAAUCGCUAUUUUACUAAUGUGAGUGCGGACGUCAUAGGGAUUCGCGAUCAUGUCAUGACAUAUAUUUCAGCGCGUUUGCAUAUAAAAUAACGGAGCUGUGAUUUGGGAACUUGGCGGGUGUGAAAGUCUCGCAUAUCAAUGGGUCUAACCCGGAGCUGCUUGUUUUGCAAGAAUCUGAGCCAUCAAGAACUGAGAACUUAAUAUGAACACGUGUUGAUAUUUAUGGAGACGCCAGAGUGGAGUUGCGCAGGGUCGGGUUUUCACUGUCGCUCCUGCUUUGCUUGCCGUAAUGUCGGCGUUGGGCGCGGGGCAGUGCGGGCGGUGCGUUGGGUGUUAGGUCACCAGAGGAUAUAAGCUGUGUUAUGUGUGCUGUAUUGCCUGCUGCCCUACAGUCGCCGAGCUGUGCCGACUGGGGCGCAGCCAGUGGCGUACGCACAUACAGGACAUUCCGUGCAUGCCCUGUCCCUUUGGCUCAUCGUCCCCGGCGCCCUCAGUGACUGGCGCCCCUCUGUCCAGUGUUGGCGCUCCUCCAGUCGAUAGCGGCGCGCUUCUAGUUGAUGGCGAAGCCCCUCUGUCCAGUAUUGGCGCUCCUCUGGUGACAGUGGCGCCCUCCUAGACGAUAUGGUGGGCCGGUGGCGCCCCUUUGUCCAGUAUUGGCGCCCCUCCAAUCGAUAGCGUCGCGCUCCUAGAUGAUGGUGGGUGGCGCCCCUCUGUCCAGUAUGUCAGUUAUGUUCGUUCCGCACGUGUACGAACAUAACUGACACAUUCAAGUUUCAGAUAUGUGGCGCCCUCCUUGUUGUUGGCGCCCUCCUUGAUUGGCGCCCUCUCGUCCAAUGCCCUGGUCCUUCGCAAAUUCCUGGGUACGCCACUGGGCGCAGCUGCGUUCGUGUCAUUGCUGUUACUUGUCACUCCACUUGCCCAUGGUGCGAGUUGUGCUCUGUGAAAGGUAGGUAGGGGGUUUGCUCCUGUUCCGCUGAUACCUAUUUCGAAUUCGGCGUUGGAUGUGUACGCGAUGCAUUCUAAAUGUUGCUAAGUUAUAUUCCAAUAAUUGUCAGACUGACUUCAUUGGCGAAUCUACCUUUAUGAUGGAUGUUCUCCGCUGUCUGCCGACGGUCUAAAAUAUAUUUGUUUGUUCCGUGAUUA